UUUUUUUUGUCAGAUUUUUUUGUAAAAUAAAUUUGUUGCACGAAAAUGGCUAAUUUUGCCCUCAAAGUUGAGGAAAUCAUAAAUGAGGUAAAUAAAAUCCAUUUAGUGACAUUACAACAUGCGGCCGAAAUUUCUCCAUUUGUGCAUGAUCGCUCCAUUGGCCCCGAUAUGGAAUUGAUAGAUUAUAAGGAAAAUGAAUUGCCUAAGGAUCGUUUGAAGGGUGAAAAUAUUGAAUUAAACAAAGAUUUGACAAAAAGUGAUAAAAAUGAAAUCAACAAAAAGAAAACGCCUUGUAAAGAGAAACAAAACAGCCCCCACCACAAUGAGGAGAAGUUGCACAGGGAACCUAACAGUUUGCAUAGUUUAGAUUUUCAAACGAUAAACUCCAGCAUUUUGCUUAGAGAUGCUGAGGAAAAACGUAAACGUUCGAUACGCCAACAAAUGAUCGACAUGCAAGAGAAACACUUGAAUAUAAUGCAUCAAACUUUACAACCCUUAGAGGAGAAACAGCAAGAGGAGCGUCGUAAAUGGCUGGAAAAGAAGCGACGCAGUGAUUCUCAAAUUCUACAAAAGGUCGAACAACAAUCCGUCCAGGACGUCAAAGAACAUGAACGUCAAUUGGAAAGUUUACGCCUGCAAACACAAAAACAAUUACAAUUGAUAUCCUUUCAGGGAAUUUCUCAAUAUCAAUCGAAAUUUCGGCAUAAAUAUGAAAGCAUUGUGCAUCUGUUAAUGUCCAUAGACAAGCAAGCCUUAAUGUCUUGUGCGGAGUAUAAUAAAAAAUUAAAGGAAUUGAUACAGAUGUUUGAGCAGUUGAUAGGUAAAAUCAAGUCGGGUGAAUGUGGACCCACCGAAUUAAAAACGGCCGAAAAUUUGUGCAAAUCUUUAGAGGAUUUAGAAAUAAGUAUAUUAGAGGCUUGUAAGCAGGAGAAAACCAAGCUGGAAGAACAACAGAGAGAACAACAACAGAAAGAAGAAGAACUAGCAAAACAAGAACAAGCUCAACAGGCUCAAAAAGUAUCCGAAGAACAACAGCAGCAACAACAACAGCAGUUGCAGGAACAACAGCAGCAACAACAGACACAAUUAACCAACCCUCCUCAACAAAUUUCUACAGAAACACCCAAGACACAACCUCCUGCACAGCCACCCAACACAGAUAGUGGUAGCAUGGGCUCCUCUCAAUUUGUUAGUGCUGAACGUUUUGAGUUCUACACAAAAAUCAAUACAUUUUAUCAGGAAAAAGUUGAAAGAGUCAAAGUCUUACAGUCCGAUGAGUCUAUGAAAAAGUAUCGUUUUGAUUGUCAGAAAAACAUUAAUAUACCAGUAAAUGCCAUCUCGGCCGUUAGCCAGCAACAUAUACAGGAUAAAUUUGAUAAACUGUUUACAUUUGUAACCGCACAACCUACAUUGGGUAGAGAUUAUUGUAUUCUGCUGAUGGCCAAAAAGUUUGUGGGUCAAGGAGAGACCACCAUAUCCAGUAAUCCGCAGGCCGCCUUUCCCGUAGCCUCCGUCAUUGUUUCGCUAUGGAAACAUAUACCCGAAUUCGGUCAACUAUUUCUGGCUUAUGUCUUCAAAGAGUGUCCGUUUCUGGUGCCCUACUUUAUACCCCAAAAGAAGGGACAAACCAUAGAAGAAUACUCAAAAGUAUUGGGCUAUCGCAUAACAGAGGGUCAAAUUGAGACCCAGGAUAUGUAUUUGAAACGGCAAACGGGUGUGGCUCGUCUCUAUGCAGCUGUAAUGAUAACAUUAGGCCGGCAACAAGAUGGUCCCGCACAUCCUUAUGGCAUAGAACAUGCCUGGCGUUGGCUGACCAACUUUGUAGCCUUAGAUCCGUUACCUGAUAUCUGUGCCACUUUAAUUAUGGAAAUAUUACAAAUUGUAGGCAGCGAUUUGUGGUCGGCGUAUGGCAAACAAUUUGUCAAAUUGCUGUUCUUUAUACAACAACAAUAUUUUCCCAGAUUAUCGGCAGUGGAUGAAGGUGGCCCAAGAGCCAGAUUAGAAUUGUUAUUAGGAAACUUUUUACGAGAAGGACAAAUACAAAAGCCUCAAGGUAUAUUGCCGCCAGGAUUUUGGUAAGAAUUUAAAUUACAUUUACAUAUUAUUAAAAAAACAAGCAAUUAUUAUUGCAAACAAGUCUUAAAUAAAUGAACCCGAAAACUGAAAGGGAAAAACAA